AUGUCGGAAAUCACUUUAGGAAGAUAUCUUUUCGAAAGAUUGCAUCAGUUGAAAGUUGAUACCAUUUUUGGCGUGCCCGGUGAUUUCAAUUUAUCACUCUUGGACAAGAUCUAUGAGAUCGAUGGAAUGAGAUGGGCUGGUAAUGCCAAUGAAUUGAAUGCAGGUUAUGCCGCUGAUGGGUAUUCCAGAGUUAAAGGAAUGGGAGCUAUUGUAUCGACUUUUGGUGUUGGUGAAUUAUCCUUGACCAAUGCUAUUGCUGGUUCAUUUGCUGAACACUGUGCUAUUUUGAAUGUCGUUGGUGUUCCAUCAGUUAAUGCUCAAGCCAAGCAAUUAUUGUUGCAUCAUACUUUGGGAAAUGGUGAUUUCACAGUUUUCCACAGAAUGUUUAAAAACAUUAGUCAUUCGAGUGCAUUUAUUUCUGAUAUCAACAGCGCUCCAAAUGAAAUUGAUAGAUGUAUUAGGGAUGCGUAUGUUUAUCAACGACCAGUUUAUGUUGGAUUGCCAUCCAAUUUGGUUGACUUAAUGGUUCCAAGUUCAUUAUUGGAAACUCCUAUUGACUUGUCGUUGAAACCAAAUGACCAAGAUGCUCAAGAAGAAGUUAUUGAAACUGUUGAGAGACUUAUAAAGGAAGCUAAGAACCCAGUAAUUCUUGUUGAUGCUUGUGCUUCAAGGCAUUCUUGUAAACCGGAAGUUGCCCAAUUGGUGGAUGCUACUCAAUUCCCAGUUUUCACCACCCCUAUGGGUAAGUCAGGUAUCAAUGAAUCACAUCCUAGAUUUGGUGGUGUUUACGUUGGUUCGUUAUCUCGUCCAGAUGUCAAGGAGGCAGUUGAAAGUGCUGAUUUGAUUUUAUCAAUUGGUGCCUUGCUAUCAGAUUUCAAUACUGGUUCAUUUUCCUACGCUUACAAGACCAAAAACGUUGUUGAAUUCCAUUCUGAUUACACAAAGAUUAGACAAGCUACUUUCCCGGGCGUUCAAAUGAAGGAAGCUUUACAAAAAUUAUUGGAAACUGUUACGUCUUCCGUCAACCCAUCAUAUACUCCAUCACCAGUACCACAACAGAAAUUGAUCAACUCCCCAGCUCCGCCAAACACUCCAUUAACUCAAGAAUACUUGUGGACCAAGGUAAGUUCUUGGUUCAGAGAAGGUGAUAUUAUUGUUACUGAAACUGGUACUUCAGCUUUUGGUAUUGUACAAUCACGUUUCCCAAACAACACUAUAGGAAUUUCUCAAGUGCUUUGGGGUUCUAUUGGUUACACAGUUGGUGCUACUUGUGGUGCGGCAAUGGCUGGACAAGAAAUUGAUCCAAAUAGAAGAGUCAUUUUAUUUGUUGGUGAUGGUUCGUUGCAAUUGACGGUUCAAGAAAUCUCCACCAUGUGUAGAUGGAACUGUAACAACACUUAUUUGUUUGUGUUGAACAAUGACGGUUACACCAUUGAGAGAUUGAUUCAUGGUGAGAAUGCCACUUAUAAUGAUAUUCAACCUUGGAACAAUUUGCAACUUUUGCCAUUGUUUAAUGCCAAAGACUACGAAACCAAGAAGGUCAGUACCGUUGGUGAAUUGAAUGAUUUAUUCCAAGACAAGGCAUUUGCUAAACCAGACAAGAUUAGAAUGGUUGAAGUAAUGUUGGCUAGAAUGGAUGCUCCUGCUAAUUUGGUUGCUCAAGCUAAGUUGUCAGAAAAGACCAAUGCUGAACCAAAUUGA